AGUUAAUUACCAAUUUACAGAAUUUCUAUACAUUUAUGACACAUGUUAGCAACGCAUAAGUUUUACCUUCCGUUUGAUUCGUGUUAUGCUAUUUUAAAAGCCAGGGUUUCAUGAAAUGUAAGUGUCGCCGAUUUUUUCGCCCAAGUAAAUUUGCCGAUGGAAAUAAUUUUAUUCCAUGUGUUUACAUUUUAUUUAAGAAUGAAUUAUACAGAGACAGAGUGAAAUGUAAAAACUACGAAAAAUCUUUUGGUGGUAUUGACGACAGCGCCGUCUGUGAAUGUUUUCAUCUAUUUGAUUUAGAUUGGCGCUAUUUUGUGAUAAACCUGUGUACAACAGUUAUUUUUAAGCCAUGUCUGUACCAGAGCCAUCCAAGGGAAAAUCUCUGCUGCAGUCUUUUAUAAAUAGCUUUAAUCAACAAAAUGAAUCAGGAGUUGCUAUGCCAGGUACUAGUAAUGCGGUUGAGGAAGUUGCAGAUUCAGGGGUGGCAUACUUUGUGGAUGAAGAAGGACGGUACUAUUAUCAACCUGCUGAUGAUGAUCAGAACAUAGUAUCUUUACCGAUGAUUACUGAUGAUACACCAGAGGUAAUCCAAGUGGACGAUGAUGAGGAGGAAGAUGAGGAAGAUAUACCCACAAUUAUAUCAGACUAUAAACCAUACCAGACAGUAACAUUGAUGCCGUCGGAAAAUGGUUCGGGUGGAGUAAGCUAUGUUCUUGUUGUUCAGGAUGAAGCAAAGCAAGUUGUUAACAUCAAUAUUCAGGAUGAAAAGAGUACUCAAGAUGUUUAUACCUUUGAAGAAGAAGAUGAAGAGGGUGGUCAAGAGGGCACUGAUGAUGACAAUGAGAAAAGUAGUGUGUCAACAAGAAGCAGGAAUUCAAAACAUGUACGCCCGCGGUUCACAUGUAAUUUCUGCUCAUACACCAGCCACAGGCGAUACUUGCUCUUAAGACAUAUGAAAUCUCACUCCGAGGACAGGCCACACAAGUGUGAUGUUUGUGAGCGAGGCUUUAAGACUGUUGCCUCACUGCAGAAUCACGUAAAUAUGCACAAUGGUGUGAAACCCCAUGUUUGCAAGUACUGCAACAGUCCUUUCACUACCUCAGGCGAAUUGGUACGCCAUAUCAGGUACAAACAUACCUAUGAAAAACCACACAAAUGUACCGAAUGUGAUUAUGCGUCAGUGGAAUUGUCAAAAUUGCGGCGGCACGUGCGAUGCCACACUGGGGAACGGCCAUAUCAGUGUCCCCACUGCACCUAUGCUUCUCCGGAUACUUUCAAGUUGAAGCGCCACUUGAGAACCCAUACUGGAGAAAAACCAUAUAAAUGUGAGCACUGCAAUUUGUGCUUCACCCAAUCCAACUCAUUGAAAGCACACAAACUUAUACAUAAUGUAUCUGAGAAGCCUGUGUAUGCCUGCGAACUUUGCCCAACAAAAUGUGGCCGCAAGACUGAUCUUCGCAUCCACAUUCAAAAGCUUCACACUUCAGAUAAGCCACUGAAAUGCAAGAUAUGCGCUAAAACGUUUCCAGAUCGUUAUUCCUGUAAAGUGCAUUAUAAGACUCAUGAAGGAGAGAAAUGCUUCAAGUGUGAAAUCUGCAUGUACGCUUCGACCACGAUACGACGCCUCAAGUCUCACAUGCUGAAGCACACUGAUGAGAAACCAUUUGUCUGUGAUCAGUGCGAUCAGAGAUUCAGGCAAAAGCAGCUACUUCGAAGACACCAGAACUUGUACCACAACCCAGACUAUGUACCGAAGCCUCCAAAGGAGAAGACGCACACUUGUCACGAGUGCCACCGCACAUUUGCGCACAAAGGCAACCUCAUCCGGCACCUCGCUGUCCACGACCCGGAGUCAGGCCAUCAAGAAAGAGUCCUGGCACUCAAACUUGGCCGUCAGAAGAAAGCAAAACGAGUAGACGGACGUCUAAGGGAGGUGCGUGAAGACGACUCUGACAGUGAGGACAAUGAGCAAAAUGAUGAAAUUAAAAUGGAUAUAAGCGACAAGGAAAUGCAGAGCGAGUAUGUGACGGUGUCAGAUGGUGACAGCCAGCAGUAUGUUGUGCUGGAAGUGAUACAUCUUGAGGAUGGCUCCGAGCAGCAAGUGACUGUUAUGGCCCCAGAAUAUAUUGAUGACGAACAAAUCGAGGAGGAGGAGGAGGAGGAGGAAGAAGAAGAAGAUGUAAAUGAAAAUGAUGAUGAUGAUACAGAAGAUACAAAAAAAAUAAUUUUGAUAAAUGAUCCUGAACCUGAACCUGCACCUGCACCUGCACCACCCCGUAGGUCAAUCCAGAGUACAAUAAAGUUUGAGACUGACGUUAUCAAUUGUUUUGGAUUUGAGGAUGAUGAUGCUGACAAUGCAGAUGAUGAAAUUCCUUACGAAGACAAGGUUCUCUUAAACUUAGUUUAGAGAUACAUAAAUUAUAAUUAAAUGUUUUAAGUAUGAUAUUUAAUGAAUGAUAUCUGCAUAUUUUAUAAAAGCAACCCUACAAAUUAGAUUCUUUACUAUUUUAGAAAAUUUAAAUUCAAAUCAUUCUGUAAAUGAAAGAGCAAUAACUAGAAAAUAAUGUUAAUAUAAAGAAGUUAUAACUAUUUCACAUUCAAAACACAAAUAAUCUUAACUGCUCUUUUAAUAUUAUUAAUUUUUGCUAAUACUUUUUAAAUAUAAAGGAUUUUGUAGGAUUCAAUAGAAAUACUUUAAGCCUUUGUUCAUGGCAAAUAAACUUUAGGUAUAAGGGGGCGUCCAUAAAUUGCCUGAGGUGUUUGUUUGUUGCAAUCAGAAAAAAAUUGCGUGAUGUUUGCCGAGACCCCCCCACCCCUCUCUCUCCAACGUAAUAUUAGAUGAGAUUUGACUCGACCCCCUUAAACACCUCACGUAAUUUAUGGACCCUAAUGUGAUUUUGACAAGGUUUAAAGAAAAUGUUUCUUGUAACUCAGACUACUGCACGUAAAAAGUAAUAUAUCAGUUUAUCAUUUUACUUUAGGAAAAUGAUAAAUAGUAAUAGUUAUUAUUAUAAUAAAUUGUGAUUGUCUUAUAUACAAAAAAAUUAAACAAUAUAAUAUUUAUCGUCUAUUUAGAUAAUUCCGAUCAUUAAUGUAUAUUAAAAAUAUAUAUCUAUAUGUU